UGUUGAAAUCAUCGAAAUUCGGGGACGCCAUAAUGGUUUCCCAGGGCCAAAGUUAUUGUAAGGGGAUGCCACCUCAAGAGUCAGGGGCAAAAACAUCGUCCUCUCUUCUCCCAGAAACAGAUAAUUGUGACGAUAAAAUAGGUGAAGGCAUUCAUGAUGACCCUCCCCACAAUGAAGACGAUAUCAAUGACAUGCCGGCACAAAAUGAUUCUAACGAGGAAUCCUGCCAUAAUGACAAUUGUCAAGCAGAAAAUGAUGAUGACUCAAGCAGUACCAUACAAGACCAUGUCCUGGCCAUUGACAUUCCACAGCAAUUACAAGUAUCGCUGAAGACCCAAAGCCUCACUAAUCAAAUGCUGCUGUCCGGGGUGCAGACAAUCCCUGAGCAGCUGCCUCUCAUAUUGACCGAAGGGGAUGCAGAAGAGCAUGAGUCACUGACAAUCAUUGCUGGAAGUGAACAACUUCAGACUGUAUCAACACAGGCUGUCCUCGAAGCCAACUUGACAUUAAGCUCCACAAGUACUGGAAUGAUGGUGUUAGCAUCUGGUACUAGCCUAUCACCUUCAGGGCAACUCAUACAGCUUGGGCCUGCAAAUGUUUUGGUCUUGCAAAGUUUGGAUGCCAAUGAUCAAGAAUUUCAAUCAAGUCCAAUUAUUGUGCAAGCAGAUGAGCAAUCAAAAAUCUCAGUAACAGAUGGAAAGACGGAUUUGAGUGAAGGCAAGUCUACCAACAAGGAAUAUAAGUGUCCCGAGCCUGGAUGCUCUAAAGUUGCUCCAACUGCAUCAAAACUGAAGCUACACAUGCUUUCGCAUACUGGUGACAGACCUCACAAGUGUACUUAUGUCGGUUGUGACUGGGCAUUCACCACCGCGUACAAACUAAAGCGGCAUUUACGUGGCCAUACUGGUGAAAAGCCGUUUAUUUGUGAAAUAAACAACUGUGGGAAGACGUUCACGACAACCUACAACCUUAGGACCCACCAGAAGGCUCACAUCCGGGAGCAGUCCAACAUAUGUUCGUUCCCAGGCUGUGGCUUGAGUUUCACCACCACGCACAGGCUCGAAGCGCACGAGAAAAAACAUGUCGUAUCUCAGGAGAUCCAUACGUGUGUCGUCGACGGCUGUGGGAAAGUGUUCAAGUCUUUAUCUUAUUAUAAUGCGCAUCUCAAAACGCAUAGCGGAGAGCGUCCACACGCUUGCACUUUUGAGGGCUGCGGUAAGAGUUUCACUAAAGCAUCAAAAUUGAAACUUCAUAUAAGGACGCACACUGGCGAAAGGCCCUUUGUCUGCGAGGAAGAGGGUUGCAAUUGGUCAUUUACCAGUGCUUAUAAACUGAAGCGUCACAUGAUGAAACAUAGCGGCGAGCGACCGUUUACUUGUCCAUAUAGCGGUUGUGGCAAGUCAUUCACUCGUGCCAGUCACAUGAGGACGCACGAGCUGUCUCACACUGGGGAAAAGCCUUUCUCGUGUACUUUUGAAGGUUGUGGGAAAAGUUUCACGACUGCCAGUACCUUGGCUGUUCAUAUGCGAAAACAUGCGAGCGACAAACCGUUUGGAUGCAGUGUGGAAGGCUGUGACAGGUCCUAUACUACCGCUGCCAAUUUGAGACUGCAUCAAAAACGACACGAGGAGAAGACCGCGACCAAGGACAAUGAUAUGACUCGCGUUCAAACGAGUGACCACGCAAGUUCAAUUCAUUUUGUCGAAAUCGGUGGAGUUAACUCCGUUGUAGCUACCAGUCCGAGCUCGGUUGCUAGCACUCCCUACUCGGUUAUGCACUCUUUCUCAGGAGAGGAUUUCGGCUCCGAAGAUGUUCCAUCGUUAACCGUCGUGCAUUAUUCGAGUGAGGAAACUUUCCCGCCAUCCACAUCCGUUUCAGACUCAUCGCAUGGCAUUUGCUUUCCUUUUGCAAGCCGCGAUACAUUUGCCACCUCGUCGCAUGGCAACGUCUCAUUAACUACUGGCACGCCACUUGCAUCACCGGGUGCUCAUUACGUGCAGGCAAGCAUCGACGUCAGUGUUUCUGAUGAACUGGGAGCGAGCUCGAGGAGUUCUGAACAACUGACCGCAGAGCAAUACGACGAUGGUAAUUUUAUUGUUCGGAAAACAAACUCCGGUAGCGAAGGGUAUUCUGUUGAACAAAGACAUGCUCAACCAUCGAAUUCCAACAAUCAACAUUACAUGGUCGAAGAAGAUCAUGACAGUCCUAGUUACAUCGUACCGGGACAAAACUCCCUCAACGAGGGUUACAUUGUCCGAGAAUCAUCCCCAAACUCAGCGGAGUAUGUUGUUGAAGUGGAGGAAUCCCGUACCGCAACCUUUGUGAAACAGGCUUCUUCAACUCACGAGUACGUUACCCGGGAACAAAGCUCUCACGGGAAAAAAUCCUCGGAAGAGUUUGCCUUGCCAACAAUGGUUGUGUUCACGUCGUCGGAAAACGGAACUAGCACGGUAGACACCGAAGAGGAAGAUCGCACAGUUGAUAUUGCACGUGAUGUUUCUGACACAACCGACAACAACGUGGGCGCGUUGAGCUUAAGACAACGCAGUGAGUCGACGUCGAUAGCACAAUUUGCUCCGCCAUCUGUGAUAUUUCAAACUGAAGACAUAGAGAGGAGAGAUAAUGUUGCAAAAGAAUCUCAUGACUGUCAAGCCAAUAUCGAUGUUGGUAUGAAGGAACCUCAAAACUCCUCACUUUCAAUCGAGCGCUCGAACGCUACCUUGCACGACCCUCCAAAUCUUGGCAUCACUCUUGCUUUGUCCGAUGAAAUGGACAAAUCUCCCGUGUCCCCAUUUAUUCCGCAUCAUUCUCUAGACCACGAAAGUACAAUAAAUAUUCAAGACUUGAGGUAGUUUCGAGAAGAUCGUGAUGCUUUGCGAAAUUUCUUCGAAUGCUCGUUUUGUAACAGAUGAUGAUGUGUCUUGUAAAUUUUACAUCCGUAUGUUCAGCGAAUUGUGCACGCUGCUCAUUAUCGGUCUAUAGCUUAAUGGGUGAUUUACUAAUAAAUAUGAUAAUGCUCCCGUCAA